AAAUUGAUAGGAAGUGGUCCAAAUUCCAACAAAAAAUUUGGCGAGCAGAAAAUGGAAAACAUCAUUCGAAUCGUUUUCUUGUUAUUUUUUGUGAAGGGCUUUCGAAGCCAAUCAUCUCAUGAUUUGCUUCUUGAGCUGAGCGAUACCUUCGAGCUAGAUGAGUUAGUUUGGUCUUGGUCGCUUGCCAAAAACGAGAUGAUUGUCGUCAGCAAUAACUACUACACACAAUCAAGUAUAACCGGAUGCAACAAUCUGGAAGUUUCCAAUGUAGAUGAAACUAACUACAGCAACAUGCUGUUUCUGUGGAAACUUGAGCGGAAUGAGUUCGAUGAAGCCUUCUUGCAAGUGGACUUGAAGCUGGUCCAUUAUGUUACAAGUGUCAGAUCUCACGUUGCUAACCCCCCGGACAAUUUCGGGUCUCAACACGAGUAUUCAACAUUUGAAGUGGAGUUCUCCUUGGAUGGGAUGAUCUGGAGUGAAGAGCGGGUGAGUUUGGACUGUCUGUGGCAAAGUGAGCAAAGCCAACCCCCUGUCACAGCCAGGUACAUACGCUUCUACAGAGCCGCCACCAAGCAUGUGACUGGGGUAGCGGAAGAGAACAUCGAGCUGACUCUAGCUACUUUCGUGGUUCUGGGAUACCGCGCCGAUCAAUUUGAACCAGUGACUGACUACUACUGGACCAAAACAUGUCCCGGUUUCCAGACCAGAAUCGAUUUGGACUAUGUGAGUCCAGAUCUGACAUCAUCCGAUUGCAGUACCUCUACUGUGGACGUAUCCAAGAAACGAUAUCCCCAACAAUCAUAUCAGCUCUUGCACGUCCAGGCAAGUGAUGUGACCCAACAGAAUGCAUUCCACACUUCGGCCGAGUUUCUUGCCGAGUACCAGAAGUGCCACGUGUCAGUGUACUAUGAUGUUUUCCAGUCGGACUGGAACGGGUACUAUCGAAUGGUCAUUGACACUAUCAAUGAGCUGUCACUGAGUGCUCAUUUUGAGGUAGAUGACGAUGGCAUAGAAGAUGAGACCCAGUUCCUCAUCGCAGUCGACGGAGGACGGCAGCUGCUUGUCACUGCUGUAUCCUACACUGUGCAGACUAGUCUGUCAGUGAUUGAACAGGUGGACCACAUGCGAAACUCAUGCCGACUCCUGGCGAACGGCGACUUGUUCCAACACGAAGACCUGGAAGCAGUUCAGAUGGGAGACACGAACAACUUCAUUCAGUCUGUAAUACACGCGCAUCUGAAUACUAGACAUACGGAUAUUAUUACUCAGCACAAAUUUCUCUCUGUUUUCGAUUUCUACCAUGUAAGAUGCAACUGGGUAGACGCAAACACGCAACUUCUAGAAACUUCCAGCUGCGAAAAUGACCACGCGAUUUCAGGUCUCAUAUGCUACUCAACUGUGGGUGAAAUACGAUCACUUGGUUUGAGUCCCACGGGAUGCAGCGAAAUAAACUCGCUCAAUCGAGCUAAUACUGAAGUUAAUAUGACGUUCGCUUUGAGUUCGGAUUUAGUCGGUUGCAUGAUGGAGCGGAAUGUCACAUGUCUUGGUUUUGACCAAUCGGGCCAAGAGAUAGCUUCUUCAGGAUCGAGCUAUAUGGUUAAUUGUCGCAAUGAAACUCAAGUAUCGGUCAUAAGCCAUGCGAGCAAUCCGGUCACAAGGUUCCAAUGUUCUGCACCAAGGUUUCCAAACAUCGAAGACGCAGCGGAAAUAGUUUCUUCAUUUUACGAGAUUCAUGCGACCAAUUCGACCAUCGAACUUGACAAUAAGAGUAAUCCCUUUUACUCAAAUGGGAUCAUUCGGUUAACUGAGGAAUUGUACAGCUAUCCAUUUGAAAUCAACCUAGUUGCACGCGGAUUUCCUCUUCAAAAAACAGCCGUCGAAUUCUACGAAAAGUUUUCUGAAGUUGCAACGAGCCCCCUAGCAGCUUCGAAUCUGACUUUUGAUGAACAAAUCAUGUGUUCUGUUCCUGAUGUACUUCCAAAAGUUAUAGUAGAACACUAUGUUAGCUUGCGCUUUAACGAAAUUCAUCCGGAAAACACUGGGUCAUACGUGUUCAGUGUAGAUAUCGGGAAUAACCAACAGCCGACCACGGCCAAUAUUACAGUUGAGGUGGUACAUCCAUUCAAGUUUGAAUGUUCGAAUGAGUGUGGUAGAAAAGUACCAUUGGGUGAGAACUACACGAUCAUUUGCACUGUGGAUCACCAUUUUGUUACUAGUGCUGCUAAUUUUGAAGACCCUGCUUUGAUGCCGAUAGAACUAGUUGUAAGUAAUCUGGACAACGAUAAGGAGUACAAGUUCUGUCAUUAUAGUGUUCCACUCUUUCAAAAUCUCACCGAAAAAGAUUUUGAGCAUGGUGAUUUUAAAAUUGAUGCAACCAACCGCAAGUUUACAUUUGCGUUUGAAGUGUUCUCAGUUCAGAGUUGGAACAGUGGUCGAUUUGGUAUUAAAGUAAGAACUAGCGAUCCUGCUGAAUGCCUUUACCAAAAGGAAGACUGUACCAAUAUUGGAUAUGAGGAGAUCCAGCAAAUGUCAUGCACAGCAUCUUCAGAACUUGGAGUAGUUGUCUUUGAAGUUGAAAUAGAGCGGGAAAUGGGAUAUCCUGACUUGAGCUCUCCAAAUUGCGGAUCCACCGGUAAUGUUCCUUUGUACUUUGACAAGUCGUUUGGUACUUUUAAUGAUCACUCUCAAUUCUACUACCGCUUCUGUCGCAAUGUGCCGAGCGAUCAAUUGGGAGAGGCUGUUUGCGGCGAGGAAGGGGGUGAAUUUAACUUCAAGAUGGGAGAUUUGGUGACCCAACUUGCCCUGUUCGUGGACAAUGACGGUAGAUUCUAUAGAGACAAAGUUUUCAGAGCGAUGGCCUGUCAAUCUUAUGAUAUGUCGUUCUCAAAAGGUGAUCCCACUCCUUACGAGCUCAAGUUCCGAACAAAAUCAGCAGGUGUUACUCACAAGUUAGAACUGAACAGUUCUGAAAUGGUCGAACUGAACAGCGAAACAGAACCAGACUCAAUAUUGUGCAGAUACAAAAGAGGGAAAGUUUGGAAAAUGUCCGGCGAGGCCGUUCAAGAAGGCUGCAGAUACGCCAGCAUGGGUCCCCAAACAGUGAAGGUUAGAGUGCAUGGUGAUUUGAACGUAAGUGUGGUCUGCCACGCUUCUCCACCAGGGUCAGCUCCGGCUCAGACGUAUGAAGCAGUACAACCUGGGAGAGGCUUCGAGUACUCUUUGGAUAUCGAUGACUAUGCAAGGGUGGAAGGGUUCCGGUGUUGCCAAAUCUGGGAAGAUGAUUCGGAUUGCUUUGACUUCUCAAUAACUGGCCAAUACUACCCACUGGAGGUGAACAAGCUUAUCGAGCCCGUUAAUUUACUCUGUGGGGGCGAGCAGUCUGGGUUUUCAGCACAGCCAUGCUAUGGUGAAACAUCACAGCUUAAGUGUUGCAUGAAAGCUAAUCCAGUGCAAAAUUGUAACUGGCUCAUUCGUCAGGGCCAAGUGGGUACGCUUGUGAACGGAACCAGAAAUAUAACAUGGGAUUUGCACCCCGUUGAAAUGAGCCAAUGUAUGCGGCCUGACAUAUGCUCUGUUUUGACAUUUAACCCCUUGAGUCCAGAACAUAAUGGAUACUACUCCUGCGUUUGCUCUAACGGAUUCGAGGGUACCGCUCUAGAGAGUUCAGGGCGUACUCAAUCACAGUACAUUGAAAUUACAGAACACCAGUCACAAACUGUUGGCUCACUUGACAGUGCAAUAACAUACCACACCACUUGUGGAAGCCCACCAGAGUUUUAUGGAACCCUUUAUAUUCCAGGAACUCCAAUCGACGCCUCAGUUAAAUGUCGCCAAAUCUCCGGCACGGAUUAUUCAUACCUGAGUGAGGAUGAAAUUGAAGUGACACGCCCUGAUAACGACAAGGGAAGCGACGUUAAAUUUAAUCUUUUCGGGUCGGACCGGACACGUGAAUGCGUGGUUGAAAUUCUGAACCGAGCAGCACUUUCGAAGUCCCCUUACACAUUAGCUUUUUCACUAAAGAGAGUAGUCGGUUUCGGAAGUAUGGAAAUUUAUCAAGACACGUCCAAAGAAAAUUAUGAAAGCGAACCAUUCAAAAUAGCGUGUGAAGUAUGCGCGUUUGCGAUUAACAACGCAAGAAUUAUAAAGAUUGAGUGUAGAACGGAAAGCGAUGCAUUGUUGCCUUUCGUCGAGCUGGAAAAUAAUUACAUGUUCGAUCCUGUAAAAAAUUUGGGCAAAAAAGUUGAGCAGCUUGCGGGGUUUGUCCAAGAAACUGUUGCGUGCACUUGUUCGCUCACAACUGAACCUGAACACUACAGAACGUUGUUCUUCCGAGCCAACGGCGAAGUUGAGGUUGAACAAAACGAGUCGACCAGUGAGCCGACAACAACUGAGACACAGAACUCUGGAGAAACGACAAUAACUCCCACAACAAAAGGCACCACCAAUGAUGCUACAACUAUAACCAUGAUUAUAGAUGAAAUGGCAACAACUCCCACGGGUCUCAAGACAGAAGAGGAAUUAAUUGAGGAGUUUCAGCAUCUAGUAAAUUCCACGCAAUCUCUCGCUGAAGCGAGAGACGGUAGUGAAGGAGUGAUUAACUACGAGGAAGCGACGGAGUACUUGAACACCUUGGCCCGGUACGUUCACGCUAGAGAGAAAACGUUAUCUGGAGCCCAAGUAGAAACAGGGUUCGGAUUCAUAGACGAAAUACUAGCGGUGCCGAUUGUAAUUGAGCCUCAAAACGAACUAAUGGCCGAGCACUUGGCAUCGGAUGAAGCAUAUGCAAAUGAAAUGAUUAGACGGUCGAUUGGACAAACAACGAGCGCAGCAGUUUUCUACGUCGAAGAUUUGAUCGCCUCCAACCAGGAUGCUCCUAAAUUUCCUUAUCUAAUAGAGAAGUUUGAGGAUUUGCAAGACGCAUUUUUUCAUAUUGGGACUGAAUUGAAGGCUGGGUCAAAGGUCGAAGUGCAAACGGACCAUUCGCUUGUAGUGGCUAUUAGAAUGCCGGACAAUCAUGACGAGAUUGUGGGCGGUGGAGAACUGGUGAUUCAGAACAUCGACCAACACGGAGUGACUCGGGGUGCUCUGCAAGGAGUUGUCAUCUCAGAAGAAGAAAUGGAACAAAUGCCCGCGGGAUCACAAGUGUUAAUCAGCUCAUACGACAGGGAAAUUGACACACCUACCGAAACUACAAUCUUGACUGAACCGAAGCAUGUAAAACUGGCCGAAGGCUCUGGCAGUGAAAUGGAACUCACUGUGAAAACGUGGAAGAGAGUUUCGGACCACUUUUGCGUCGACAUUCGAGAUUCCAAUGGUCAAAAUGUGUCGCUGGGUGUAACAUUGUCCUUCAAUUUACAUAAAGCCAGUCCUGGUUUCGAAAUAAAAGAUGACGUGCAAAUUACAGUGCAACAUAAGUGUGUCUUUUUUGACCCCAUAUCUGGUCAAUACUCCUCGCUCGGACUAGACCCUCUGCUGAUCGAAGACUCUAGGGCUACCUGUGUGUCCAGACACUUGACCGCAUUUGCAGUAAUCGCCGAAGUAACUCAAAUCAAAGUAGACUCCGCUCGCAAGGAGAGGCUGCACUGGGUGUUGAAUGGUUGCGUGAUUGUGGCAUGUGUGCUGCUGGUGGUGGCCUUCCUCUGCAUGCUCUACAUGUUGCCCCUUCUGGAGGAGGAGGAGACUGCACUCCAGAUGCUAGUCCUCUUCAUGCUCUCACUCUUCCUUGCCUCAUUUCUAACCAUGGCUGAACAGCGUGAGUUCAAUGGCAGUCUGUGCAUUGCGAGUUCCUUCCUGCUCCACUUCUCCAUCUUGUCCACUGUGGGCUGUUUGUUGAGCACAGCAUACCACGUGAUGAGAGACUACAGUCCCACCAUGUCCAUGUCCACAACAGCACCCCAACAGAACAGCCGCCCCACCAACCCAAUUGUGUAUAUAGUGGUCACAUUCUUCAUUUCAGCUGCGUUUCCUUUGCUGUUUGUCCUUCCAAAAUUGGAUACUUUCAAUUCCAACCCCCUCUCGAUCGACAGCUGCUUUGGUGUCCUACGAAGAGACGAUGAGAGUGCCAACUGGACCACCUUGCUUCUAGCAGGUGUUCUCUGUAUCUACCUGCUUGCUACAUUGAUCACAUUCGUAUUUGCUAGAAUGAAUUUGGACUCCUUCUGCCGAGAAGUGGACGCCGAACCUGAAAUGAGAGAGACCCUCAGACCCAAACUUAACUACAACUUCUAUCUGACUUUAGCGGUCUAUUCGCUGUUCGCGUUCUCCAUCCUCACCCAAUGGAAGAGCAAGAAAGCGUCUGAUGCUCUGCAUAUUCUGCUGGGACUGUGGACUCUUCUGGUGUGCUGUCUGCCCCUCUGUCUCUUCCUCCGCAGACCAGAGACACUCACUGCAUACAUGAACGCCAAGGCACAACAACUCAUGCCCAAGAAGAAAGCAAAGAGUCGCAAGAAGCCGAAGCAAUCAGCCAUGGACAGCUAUUUUGCAAACUCUAUCCGAACUGAGAAUACUGCCGGAGUGAACGACAUGGAGUAUGCCGAACGAAGCGGCACUAUUUCUCCAGCCACUACAACUACCAGUCAAUUGAGUUUCCGACAGUUUGACAACCAAACACCGCCGAUGGCCAAGGAGAUUUCUUGGAGCACUUAGCCUAAACUUGCAAUAACCUCAAUAAGGCAGAAAAUGAGUAUUAAUAUUUACUUUUUGAGUGAUGACGAUACGAGACGUGUGUUUAUUUCAU